AUGCCCAAGCUUCAACACGUUGCGACUACCCUACCCAGCACGACGUCGAGCAACACACGAUGCACUCAACCAGCAACCCCAGCUCCGCACGUCAUGAACGGGGCAGAUACACGGACAUACGCUGAAUCGCAUACCACGGGCCAGCUGCCUACGCCAACCUCAACGCCCGAACCGGACGAUCUGGCACUUCCGGGUGCCCGCCGCAACAAUGAAGCCAGGAGCGAGGAACCGCUGCACAACAUGACGAAUGGCUCCAGGGUCGAGGCGAACAGCGCAAUUAGUUCGAAUACCACGAGCAGGAGGCCGAGCGUGCACGAAGAAGCUAUCCUCUCAGACACAAGCGAGAAGAUACGGCCUAUCAAGCGGCCUGGAGAUGCUCGGAGAAGGAGCAGCGUGUCGGAGCACGAGAAGAUUCUCAAGCUCAGUCCCCGCCAGAUUCAAGAGCUUACGAGUGAACCUGCGAGCAUCCCAGUGCGAGCAGCGACUCCGAUUCUUGAGGACGAACUAGAAGACGUCACACCGCUGGAAGAUGCGGACGGACAGGGCAAGAAUAAGCUCUUGGGCGUGGUACUGGAGCGACCAGUGGAGCUGAAUGGCGAGACUAGGAAAGGGAAGGGCUCGGGAGGGCGAGAUGCACCACGGGAGAAGGAGGUUGUCCUUAUCAAAACAUCUGCAACUGAAUUGCGAAACGGCCGGCCUGUCCUCAGCUCACGAUCCAUCACUACGCCCUCGCUCACACGGAGGACGUCAUCCAGGUCGCGGUCACGCACACAUACGCAGACGCAAGAGACAGAGGACCGGAGACACGGCAGACAUGUUCCUCCGCCAUUGAGUCUGGACCACAGAGAUGGCACAUCAAAGGGCCACGACCGACACAAAGAGACGCGCGAGAUGCGUGAGCAGGUUUCGCCGACGCCAAUUGCUCUCCCGCUGCCGCCAAUGUCGAUGCCUACUUUUCUCUCGCUAGAACUUUCUGCAAGCCGCCCCUCUCCGCUGUACAUAUACCGUCCAGCGACGACAGACUUCCCUUAUGAAUCAUCCGAGAUCAAGUACGAGCGGUUGCUCAACUUCCUGAGGAUACCGCUGAAAAUUGAGGGCAUAUUGGGUUUUGGCGCUCUGGCUUGUCUCGAUGCAUGGAUGCACGUUCUGACGAUCCUCCCCCUCCGCUUCCUGCUUGCCGUCCUCAUCUUGGUCAAAUGGUGGGGCUCCGUCAUUGUCAAAGAAUUCCGUGAUCUCUGGGCUUUUGUCUAUGAUGGCCUUCCUCGCUUUUGGCAGCGCAGGAAGCAGACCGACGUCCCCACGCCUCUACCAACGCCCGCCGACGAGGUGGCUCCGUCAAUGUCGCGUAAAACGUCGUCCUCGACCGUUCCUCCAGUUAGUGCUACGGCCAGGCAGAGUCCGCACGUGUCGACAACCUUCAAGUUUCCAGACAUGAAUGAGCUCAGAGCGCGCCGGCCUCGUAACUCUCGAUUUCGUCAUCGGCGCACCAAGUCUACGCCAUCAACGCUGCAACCAAGUCAUAAGGCAGACAUACUGAAAGGUCUCCUAGUCAUUGCAAGCUGCUUUGUCUUGAUGCGGUUCGAUGCCAGUCGCAUGUACCAUGGCAUUCGUGGCCAGUCAGCGAUCAAGCUCUAUGUCAUCUACAACGUUCUCGAGGUAUGUGACCGCCUGCUCUCGGCUGUUGGUCAGGAUGUGUUGGAGUGUCUCUUUUCUCGUGAGACUCUGGAUCGCAAUCCCGACGGUAGAAGCAAGGUUCUCCGGCCACUCGGAAUGUUUGCCCUCGCACUUGUAUACACUGUUGCCCAUGCUACAGCGCUGUUCUACCAGGUCAUCACUCUAAACGUGGCUGUCAACUCCUACUCAAACGCACUACUGACACUGCUCAUGUCCAAUCAAUUUGUGGAAAUCAAGGGCACAGUGUUCAAGAAGUUUGAAAAAGAGAACCUUUUCCAGAUCACCUGUGCAGACAUUGUAGAACGCUUCCAGCUCUGGCUCAUGCUUCUCAUUAUUGCAAUGCGCAAUGUCGUUGAAGUUGGCGGCCUCAGUAUUCAAAGCAGCGAUACGUCGUGGACGGCCAUGUUCACUGGAUCCGCAAACGCGUCCACGACUCCAUUCAAGGCCUCGAGUAUCAUACCCAUGAGCUUUACCAUCUUCCCCAAAUACAUCGCUCAGGUACUCAAUCCGUUCCUACUAGUGUUGGGCAGCGAGAUGUUUGUUGACUGGCUGAAACAUGCGUACAUCACCAAGUUCAACCAGUACAAACCGGAGGUGUAUAGCAAGUUUUUUGACGUUCUAGCCAAGGACUACUAUUCCAACGCCUUUGCUGAUGCAGACUUGACACGACGCCUGGGUUUGCCAGUCAUACCACUGUCCUGCCUCUUCAUCCGUGCUGCUAUUCAGACCUACCACAUGUUCAUUGCCAUGCAUAUGCCGCCUCCCCUCCACACAACAUCGACAUCACUCUCUUCGGACCCCGCCUCCUCCCCCACCACGACCGCAGCUCUCGCCCAUAUUGACCAUGUCUUCCGCCGCGCUCUGGGUCGUUCUUCCUUUGGCGCUGGUGUUCCCUCCCAACCCUGGUAUCAUCCCCUCUCCUAUACCCUCGAUGAUCUGAUCGCCGGCUCGACCAUGCUCAUCGUCUUCCUCGUUGGCUACUUUAUCUUCCUUGCUUUCAAACUUAUCCUUGGUAUGCUGCUGCUGUCCAUCAGUCGCAAGCGCUAUCACGGUAUGCAGGAGCGAGAGAAGAUGAGCGUUGAGACUGGGGGUAAGAGGAUCGGGGGCUGGGGCGUUGUUGAUGUGGACGAGGAGAAGAGGAAGGUAAUCUACGAUGAUGAUCCCGAAACGCUGAAGCGGUUGAGGGAGAGAGACGAGAAGGGUAGGAAAAAGGAGCAGGAAGAGAGGGAGAAGGGGACAAGCUUUGGACACGUUAGUCGAUAUGCGAUGGUCGCUAAGAGAAUAUGGUGA